AUGGGAACCACAGAAUCUUUCGAUGCACCUCAGAACAUCUACAAAAGAGAGCCUGCCAAGAGGUUUGUUUUACUUGAGUUGUAAAAGAGUUCAAUUACGAAUAACUGUAAAAUACAAAUUGAGAUUCGUUUCAGAGUGUUUGUGAACAGAAAUCUGAGAUUGGAUAAGAUAAAAUUCUUUGGAUUCGACAUGGAUUACACUCUUGCAGGUAAAUUAAAUUAACAUUAGUUAAUUAAUUUAAAGAAUACAAAUCCCCGGCUCUCGAAGAAAUGACCUUCGGGCUUGUGGUUCAACGUCUGAUUGACAUCGGAUACCCCGAGGAUUUCAAGAAGUUCAAGUACAACCCGAUCUUCCCCGUCAGAGGUCUUUGGUUCGAUUAUCUUUAUGGGAACCUCCUGAAGGUUGAUGGAUUUGGGAACAUUCUGGCUGCCGUUCAUGGAUUCAGAUUUCUGAAGCCGUAAGUUUUCGACUUUUUUUAGUUUAUUAAUGAUUUUUGUGCUGUGGUGACAUCAAAAUAAAAACGCAUCAGUUGGUUUAUGAGAGCUAUUUACGGUAAACAAGUUUCAAAAGUUGUUUUCUAAUGAUGCCCUUAAAGAUUUUUGAUGCCACAUAUGAAUCCUUUCAGCGGAAAGUGCAAAUCUGCAGAGCUAGAGAAUGUUUUCGCAGAGUGUAAUAUUAUUAAGUAAUGUAUUUGUACAUUUAGGGGUGAAAUGGAUGAGUUUUAUCCCAACAAAUUCCUGCAUCUUUCGGAUCAACGGGUCUUUGUCUUGAACACCUUGUUCAAUUUACCCGAAACAUAUCUCUUAGCUGCUCUGGUCGAUUACUUUGACAACUCUCCACAUUAUCACAUGACGUCGGACAAAACGGGUGUAAAGAGUGGAGAAGUUGUAAUGUCAUACAAAUCUAUCUUCCAGGACAUCAGAGGUGCUGUAGACUGGGUGCAUUUUGAUGUAGGCAAUAUUUUUUUGUAAUUACAGGGUGUCCCAAAAAAAAUGCAUGUUAUUUUUAUGGCUACAUUUUAUAUACCAAACAAAAUUUAGCCAAACGAACGAUGGAUAUCAGUAACAUAGAGGAUUAUUGAUAACAUAUCAAGCCAGUUUCACAGUGGCUGCCCUUGGUGGCGAUAUAGAGCUUCAAACGUAACUUAAAAUUUUGGGCUCGGGGCCGCAGCCUUUUUCGAGGAAAUCGGUCCCGUUCUUGGCGCAACGAUUACUUUGCCAUUCCAAACUUUUGUGGUGUGUAGUACAGGCAAUGGCCUCCAAUUGAAAAAAAAUAUAGUCAAUCGGAUUCAGAUCCGGCGAGCAGACGGCCAUUUUGCGGACGGGGUGAAAUCGGGAAAAUCGUUCCCAUUUCGGGCCCUGAGUCGAUUUUGCCUUGUGAGCCGGAGCUGAGUCUAGCAAGGACGCCAAAUUUGCAUUGCCGAGGUUCUGCUGAGUCAACAGAAGUACGGGAAAAUCAAAAUUAACGCGGCGCUAAAGUUUUGCCCCCUUGAUCCGAGAAAACCAUGGAAUUCUUGCCGCUGGGAGAAAUUCCGCCUUAGGCGAUGACGGCCCGGAUUUUGACGGUUUUCGACGUUAGCCGACAUGCCGAGGGCCUCAUCUAAGAAGAUCCAAUUGCUCAGGUGGUUGUGCAUCCGCCAAAUAUUGAACCACGAACGAAUGCGCUCACGUCGGUGAGUUGCGGCCCAGCCCUUGAGUUUUCGACAUUUUUCGCGCCGCACGCAUUUGCCGUCUACUUUAAAGAUCUGAGCUUUUUACAGCUUAUACAGCGUGAGGCGUAGCUCAUCAUAGACUAUUCGGGUGACCGAUCGGUCGCUGAUGCCGAUCUCCAAGGCAAUUUUUUCUUGAAAAUAGCGUUUUGCUGUUGGUGUUCUCCCGGUUGACAGAACCGCUGGCGGUGCGUUUUCCUUUACGUCCUGGACGCUUACUAUCGUUAUCAAGCUCCUUACAUCGCGUGAUUACUUUUGACACAACGUCCUUUCUAUACUGGGCAAAUUUACAACUUGAACGGCUCAAAAAUAGUGACAAAAUCGCAGUUCCUUUGUUUCACAUUUUAAAAAACCAUGCUACUUAAUCGAUAUGAACACAAAACUGAAAUGACUAGGGCAGAAAAGCACGGAGAUUUUAGCAGUACAAAAAUCUUUUGGCCUGACCUAAACAUUUUCGCGUCAGGGCCCAUGGAAAAAAACAUGCAUUUUUUUUGGGACACCCUGUAGUUUAUGAUUGUACUAUGUGAUGAUAUAAUUUUUAAUUUUAUUUUUUCAGAGUGAUAUGAAAGAUAUUAUCUUGAAAAAUCUCGAUAAAUACGUUGUAAAAGAUGGGCGAGCCGUGGACUUGCUGACUCAAUUGCGGGCAGCUGACCGAAAGACCUUCUUGUUGACCAACAGUGAAUACUCAUAUACAAAUGUAAGCGAAGGUAGCUGAUUGUUACUUUCUUUGACAGGGUAUUAUGACAUAUCUUCUGGGUGAUAAGUGGACAUCUUACUUUGAUAUUACUGUAGUCAAUGCUCGGAAACCCUUGUGGUUUGCUGAGGGUACCGUGUUCAGAGAAGUGAACAAAGAGACCGGCGCCCUAAAUAUCGGGAUUCACACUGGACCUCUGAGACCAGGCGUUGUUUAUUCUGGAGGUAUGCUUUUUUUUCUCAAUCUAUCCGAGAUUUACGAGGUUUACUAUGUUAUUUUAGGUUCUUGUGAUGCAUUCAGACGUCUUGUUAAAUGCCGUGGAAAGGAUGUGUUGUAUAUUGGAGACCAUAUUUUUGGAGAUGUCUUGAGGUCAAAGAAGACUCGUGGAUGGAAAACUUUCUUGGUGGUACCGGAACUCACUCGAGAACUGACUGUUUGGACCGGCAAAAGGAGUUUGUUCGAGAGAUUGGGAGAAUUGGAGGUUUCUUUGGCCAAUUUAUACAAAGAUCUUGAUAGUAAAACGAAAGAAAAACCCGAAAUAAGCGAUAUUAUUGGAAGUAUCAGAGUGAGUUAGUCAUCCUAAUCACAGAACUGCUUAUUUAGAGUGUAACAUACGAAAUGGAUCAAGAGUAUGGCAUUAUCGGAUCGUUGUUCAGAAGUGGGUCUAGAACAACAUUCUUUGCCUCCCAAGUCGAGAGAUAUGCAGACAUCUACGCAUCUAGUUGUUACAAUCUUGUCCAUUAUCCUACCUUUUACUUCUUCAGAGCUCCCAUGAAUCUGAUGAGUCAUGAGAGGACAGUCGAUCAUUACUCAACGAUGCCAGGAAAGGAUGAUCCCGAGAACAUUGGACAAAGAGGUGGGUGAUUUUAAUUUGGACUUUGAUUUAUGUCCAUUAAAAUGAAUAUGGAGCUAGUUCAGCCUGAAUGACAUGCUGUUCUUAUCUUAUAUUCUAAUUAUAGUGCGAGGCUGGAGUCAGCUGUCCAAAUCAGGGACUUUCUGUUACGAGGAAGAGGAAGAAGAGACUUCCUCCAACUCCGAGAAUGAUUCCGCACAUGAUCAUAGUGGCAGUCAAUCGCAUCGGAGCGAUAAGAAGGAGAGUCAAGCCGAUCUGACGGCGGUUCUCAACAACCGUGAUGUUCUCGUUCCAACUGAAGGGCAUAUCGACGACGAAGAAUCUUAA